AUGUCUGAAAGCGGCGGGGGACGUAUAGAGUCAAAACACUCGAAUGGGAGUUUUUUUGGAAAAGAGUCGCAAGGCGCGACAGCCGAGAGCAGCGCCAACGACUGGACGGCUGCCGCACAUGCAGCCGCGGAAGCACCUGAGGUGGAGUGGAAGGACAAGGACAGUAAAGCGUCGCGACCGCCUGCUGGAGUUGCGAGAGGCGCGGGAGAAGCACGGGUGGAAGAUCUGGAUUCAGAUGGUUCUAGAGCACGCCAUGCGGCGCAUGGGGAGGUGGGAAGCGGCGCAGAGUGGCUAGGAAGUGUGGAAGGAGUGGUUAGCGCGGCGGAGGUGAACGCGAUGGAUGGAGCAGGCUUUGAAGAUGCGAGCACCCUGACGCUGGAAGCCAAUGCGUGGGAGGGGGGUGCUCUGGGCGGAACGGAAGAGAAGCAGCCAUGGGCUGCAGAGGGCGAGUUCGAUGAUAACAUGGAAUUGGAAUUGCCUGGGGAUGGGGAUGGGGAAGGGGACGGAGAGGCAGAAGGCAGUCGUAUGGACACAGCAGGAGCGGGGGGAGAGUUUGGCGGCGGGGAGGAGGGGGCUCGCUGGGGAGCUGCGGGGUCGUUUCCGGGCGCGGGGAUAGCGGCGCGGGUGAUGGAGGUGGAGUGGGAGGACGUGGCGCGCAAAGCAGUGCGGCGCGCCGUGCUGCUGUUCGUCAUUGCGCGCCACUUCGUCGCGUUCAUGCUCGCGUCCGUCGCCGCGCUGCCCGGGCAACUGCGACGAGCCUGGUGGCCGCAUGACGCGCCUGCGGGGGCGCAGGCAGCGGGAGCGAGCGGGGCAAGAGGCAGUGGAGCUCUGGGUGGUGAUGGUAGUGAUGGUGGUGAUGGUGGAAGGGCGGAUUUGCAUGGGUGGGACUUGGAUGUCCGCGCUGGUGUGGGGGAGGUUGCGGCAGCACCCGCGGCAGCAGCAGAGCCGGCGAGGGAGGCUCCCUCGCAUUCAGGAAAUGUACCAUCCGGUGUGGGUGGAGGUGAGAGGAGUGGCCAGGAGACGCUGAAUGGUACGGCAAGGGGAAGAGCAGUAGGAGCAGCAGCAAUACCUGCUGCUGCUGCAGCAGGAAGUGGAGCAGAAGGAGGUGGUGGUGAGAGUGAGGCGGAUAAGGUGUUCGCAGCAGCAGAGGCGGAGGGGAAGAGUCCGCAGCAGCUGUUUUCAAGAGAAGCAAGGGUGGGGAAAGACGUGCCUGGUGGUGGUGAGAGCAGCACCAUCGCUGGCGGAGAGGCUGAAGACUCAUCGAAAGAGGGGGGGAAGGGGUCAGCAGGGAUGGGGUCUGGCGCCCCAGCAGGUGCAUCAGCAGACGGCGCAGCAGAUGCAGCCGAAGCCGCAGCUGCAGCAGCCGCAGCAGCAGGAGAGAAGAGGCGCGCGGGGGGCAAGGGGAGGCCAAAGCGAGCAGGAGCAGGAGCGGGCGCGGGAGCGGGAGCAGGAGGGCGUGUGGAGGAGGACGAUCCAUGGGACGUGGUGAAGCGGUUUUGGAGCCAGCCGGCGGUGGUGAAGCUGCGCAUGUCCAUCACCAUGGCCAACCUCACCAUGGGCCUCCCCACCUUCCUCGCUCACGUACUGCCCUCGCUGCGCCAUGUGCGGUGGCACAUGGUGCCGUUGCUGCACGACCUGUCGCUGCCCAUGCUGGCGCCCAUUCUCUUUGGCUCGGGCAUUGUCUUCAAGUCCGUGGUCAACAACCUCGGCAUCGUGCUGCCCCGCCUCGGCAUAGCGGUGGUGCUGCUGUGGGUGCUGUGGGGGUGCAACUGUGUGCUGCAGCGCGCCAUCACCAAGACAGCGGAGCGACGCCUAGUGGACCGCAACGUCAAGGACGUGCUAGUGCUGGCUGUCGAGAUCACAAUGACAGCAGCAGCAGUGGUGACAGUCCUCUCUAGUGUGGGCAUCCGCAUAUCAGCUCUGGUUCUGCCUCUCUUCAUUGUCACAGCGCUGGCAGGAAAGGACUUGUGGCACAACUACUUCGGUGGCUUCUUUCUUUUUGCUGCCCGGCCAUUCCGGGCAGGCGACACAUUAGCGCUGCACUGCUCGCUCUCUCCCUCAGCGCCAACCACGCCAUCAGCGCACGUGUCAGUGGGCACAGGGUGGUUCGAGGGCGUUUUCGCCCCUUCGUUCCCCCGUCGCAAGGCCAACCCCAGCGGGGAAAGGAUCACGGUUGCUACUACAGAUGCAGGCGGUGCUGCUGGUGCGGCUGAGACACCAGGCAUGAAGGAAGGGGUGACACAUGCAGGGGCAGGGGCAGUUUCAGGGGCAGGGGCAGCCUCUCCGUUCCCUCAGAUGCACCCGGCAGAAGCAGCAGCAGCAGCAGCAGCUGCAGCAGCAGCACAGGCGUGCGGUCUAACCAGGGUGCUGUACCUGGUGGUGACUGGAGCAGUGGAGAUGCAGGGGGUGAUGGUGGCAACGGCAGCAGCAGCAGCAGCAGUGUGGUUGGUAAUGGCGCUGUGA